AAGAAGAAGAAGAAGAAAGGGAUCGAUAGAUCGCAAAGAGAAAAAAAAAAAUUAGAAAAAAAAAGAAAAAACCUUGAAGAUCAUUAAACACGUAUCUUCGAAUCUAUUUGACGUUCGCGUGCCGUCGGUGCUUCGUGGUGCUUCGGCUGCUUUAGUGUGGCACCUCCGUAGACCGUCCCCGCUCAUUCAGUAUGGAGUGCCCGCAAGCAGUUAAACAAGGCCGUAAUUUUCGUCUACUUACGGAGGACGAACAGCCGGAACUUCUUGACUACCUCGGAAAACAUUUACCCCUGUCGUUGAAGUUCCAUCAGACGCUGUUGACCUACAUGAAGGACAAAGUAUGGGAAUUCUAUUUUUAUGUGCCAAACGAGUGGCCGAACAUACAAAUAUGUCUACACUUCCCAGGAAUGACUCUGUCUCCACACGGUUUGUUGUACGAAAGCGUGGGUGUAUUCUGUCCUAACGAUCAUCUUGAACAACUGAAUCUGCUACGAGAUGAAGAUAUACUGAUCGACUGGUCAAGGCCACUUUAUAUUAAUUUCGUUCACAUAGACAUCGCUAAUAGAUUGGUUGAACUUUACAAGGAUAUUGGAAACGUUGAUAUGGUAACCGUUGAUGUCUGGGCUUGCGAGGAUUUAGAACUUUUAGAUCAAAGGGAAGAAACUGAGGAAGACAAUGAUCCUGAUGUACAAGUUUUACCACUUAAAGCGGAACACGCUGAAGGAAUUUAUGAAUUGUAUCCUGCUAAUGAUAUUGAAAGUCACGAGGUAUUUCUACGAUUGAUUAGAUCCUUACCUGCCGGUGGUGUAUUUUGCAAGGACAGUUUAGCAGCGUGGAUGGUACAAUCUUAUUACGGUGCUAUGUUCUCGAUGCAGACCAAACCAGAGUAUCGUAGGAAAGGUUAUGGGACAAAAUUAGCUAGGUACCUGACGAAACGUGUAGCCGAAAGGGGUUACAGUCCGUUCGUGGUAAUACGUCCGGAAAACGACGCCAGCCAGAGUUUGUACAAGAAAUUAGGUUUUAGGCAAUUAUUUCAAACAGUACGUAUGAUAUUUACACCAACCUCGUGGCAAGAAGAAAUUGAAAAUGAAGCUAGCAAUAUACUCAGGGAGAAUCUUGAAAAUGCUGUUAGACAAUUGAACGUUGAACAAAGGGUAAUAGCUGCAUUUCGUGGUGAUGAAGAGGAUAACAACAGUUUAACGUCCAUCGAGAUACAAGAGGUUGAGGGUGAAGAAACGAUAAGGGAAGGUGGUGGUGGUUCGGACUCUAACGAGGAUGCUGAAGUCGUCGUUGUUGUCGAGGAAUCGGAAGAUGAUAGUUUUGCUCGAGAGGAAGAAGUUUUAGAACCUAUUGAAGAACAAGAGGAAAGGAUAGAAACUGUUGAUAAAGAUGGAAAUAAUAUUAAUCAAAUUGAGGAAGCUUCUAAUGUUGAUGAUAAUAACACUAAUGAUAAAGAAGAUGAAAUCACGAUAUCUCAACAAACAGAAAUUGAAUCUGUUGUUUGUGAUUAAAACAAAACAAAAAAAAAGAUAGGAAAGAAACAAACAAAAAAACA